AUGUCGAAGAUCACUGUCGCCGGAGUGCGCACCAACGUGCAGGAGCUCCUCAACUACUCCCAGAAUGAGAAGAAGCGCAACUUCCUCGAGACCGUCGAGCUCCAGAUCGGACUCAAGAACUACGACCCUCAGCGUGACAAGCGUUUCUCGGGUACCGUCAAGCUUCCCAAGGUCCCCCGCCCCAACAUGGCCAUCUGCAUUCUCGGUGACCAGCACGAUAUCGAUCGUGCCAAGCACUUUGGUGUUGACGCCAUGUCCGCUGAGGAUUUGAGAAAGCUCAACAAGAACAAGAAGUUGAUCAAGAAGCUCGCUCGCAAGUACGACGCCUUCAUCGCUUCCGAGGCUCUCAUCAAGCAGAUUCCUCGUCUCCUCGGUCCCGGUCUUUCCAAGGCCGGCAAGUUCCCCACCCCCGUCUCCCACGCUGAGGACCUCUCCAACAAGAUCACCGAGGUCAAGUCCACCGUCAAGUUCCAGCUGAAGAAGGUUCUGUGUAUGGGUGUCGCCGUCGGUAACGUCGGCAUGGAGGAGGAUGAGCUGAUCGGUAACAUCAUGUUGUCCAUCAACUACCUCGUCUCUCUGCUCAAGAAGGGCUGGCAGAACGUUGGAAGCUUGACCAUCAAGGCUUCCAUGUCUCCCCCCAAGCGCGUCUACUAG